GGUCACUUUAAACAACGCCGUCGGCUGCACACGAGCCCACGCACGCUUAAUCCGUUACUAUAAAAACUAUCCAUCCCCAAGUAAGAAAACAUACAAAAAGCUCUCUCUUAUCUCUGUUUUGUUCGUCUUCAUCUCAAUUCUCAAACACACAAAAUAUCAGCAGAAACUGUGAAAGAGUAAAACACACACAGCAAUUAAGCAUAUUCAAGAAUCAAGAAUGGUACGGACUCCCUGUUGUAGAGCAGUGGGGUUGAAGAAAGGAGUUUGGACUCAAGAAGAAGACCAAAAGCUCAUCGCCCAUGUUCAACGACACGGUGAAGGAGGAUGGAGAACCCUUCCUGAUAAAGCUGGACUCAAAAGAUGUGGCAAAAGCUGCAGACUGAGAUGGGCGAAUUACCUAAGACCUGACAUUAAGCGUGGAGAUUUUAGCAAAGAUGAGGAAGAUUCCAUGAUCAGCCUCCAUGCAAUACAUGGCAACAAAUGGUCGGCCAUAGCUCGUAGGUUACCAGGAAGAACAGACAAUGAGAUCAAGAACCAUUGGAACACUCACAUCAAGAAACGUUUGGUCAAAAAAGGUAUCGAUCCGUUGACCCACAAACCUCUUCUCGAUGGUGCCGCUAAAUUAUCUGACCAUCCCGAGACGCCACGGGAGAAAACCAGCGUUCAUCAGGAGGAAGAUGAUCAUAAGUCAAAAGACAAUAAGUCAUCAUCAGGAUCAUCAGCUCGGUUCUUAAACAGAGUAGCUAACAGAUUUUGUCAGAGAAUCAACCAGAGUGUUCUGUCUGAUAUUAUUGGAAGUGGUAGCUUACUUACUAGUCACACUACUCCUACUAUAAGUGCUUCCGAAUAUGAAAGGUCAACGAGUUCUUCGUCCACACCAACCUCUUCGAAUAUCCUCACUGACCAAAGCAUAAAUGUUGAUGCAACAUCUCUGUCCUCUUCCACGUGCUCUGACUCCUCCGAUAUCUUCUUGUAUGACGAUAUCUUCAGUGACAUUGAAGAUAUGACGAUUUUUUCAUCAAGAUUUUCGAGUAAUGUUGUAUCUCACGAUGGUGAAGAGUUCUUGAUGUUGGAUGGGUCCUGUUUGGAGAACACAUCGUUCAUGAGAGAACUUACAAUGAUUCUUCAAGAGGAUAAAAUGGAGACGACGUCGGUCUACUGAUAGCCACGUAACCACGUUCAAUGAAGUUGAUGACUCCUUAAGGGAUACACAACUAUUUUUGGAUGAGCAAAAAAAAUGUCGAGAAAUUAGUUUCAUAUAUGAUGAUGAUGAUGAAAAUUUUGGCAAGUAAAUCAAUUAGAUAUUUAGAGUUUAAUU